CUCCAAAGCCCAAGUUACUAGAUAUCAAAUAAACACAUGAAAGCCGAUUCUUUACACUGAAACUAACUGCCCCUUUUCAUCUCUCUCUUUAUAAAUUAUUCUCUCUCUCUCUGGCAGCCACAAAUACAGGGUUUUGAAGCUACAAUAUUGAAAAUGGAAAAUGGGGUUAAUAAGCCUGUAGAAGUUGGAGUUGAUGAGCCUGUAGAAGUUAGGGUUGGGGAUGAGAAAGUAGAGGAGAGGGUUCAGGUGGGCUCUGAUGAGUCAGAAGAUGUAGAGGAGGUCUUUGAGGAGGCGGUUGGUACAAAUGACCACGCACUUGAUCAGGAAACAAAAGAUGCAUCAGGAGAUGAUCAUCUUGUUGUUGGUGAUUCAGGGUUCCCAGUGAUUAAUGACAAUUCUAGUGUAGGUGGUGAAAUGGAGAGUUUUGAGGAGGCUCCUGCUGUUCCUGGUGAGGCUAGGAAUGUGGAUGAGGCUGAGGAUGAAGUGGAAGAUACGGUAGAAGGGGAGAGUGUUAAUGGGGUUGCAGUGCCUGAUAAGAUUGAUGAGGGAGGAACUGUGGGGGAAGUUGUGAGUGGUGAAUUGAAAGAUGGAGUGGAGGUUCCAGAUAAGAUUGAUGAAGGAGGUACUGUGGGGGGAGAGGUGAGUGGUAAAUUGAAUGAGGGAGUGGUGGUAUCUGAGGUCGGUGCAAGAGUCGAAAGUGAAGUUCUGAAGGUAGGGGUUGAGAGUCCCGAAAAUGGGGAUUCUGAUAAAGUGAAUUUUGAGGAAUCACCAGUUCAUGCAAAAUUGGAAAAUGGAAAUCCCAUGGGUGGAAAAGAUAGAGAAAUUGAGUUGAAUGGGGACAUUCUGCCUGCAGAUGGUGAGAGUGGAGAAUUGAAGGAGGGUAAAUUUGUUGUUGAAUCUCAAGAUCAGAAGGCUGCAGAGCGUAUUGAUUCAGCAGCUGUCUCUCAUAUGGGGCUUCUAGAUGAUAAGGUUGAAGAACUGAAUGAUAAAAUGACUAGUCUGAAUGAAGAGCAUCAGAUAAAUGAGACUGAGGAAUUGAGAGAUGCUACAUCUGGGGUAGGUGCUGCACAAGCUAAUGGUGUGAAUGGAGAAGUGAAAGAUAUUUCCACUGAACUUGAUUCAGAGCAUCAGGAGGAGGCUUGCAAACUGGAAGGCACUUUAGCUGACUUGCCUAAAGACGCUGUGGAAGGGACAGUGACUCCAGAGAUUGGAGGCUCACCUUCUUUACAGAAAACUACAGAUGAGGGGAAUGAGAAUAUUCAGGUGGGUACAAUUGAUUUAAGCACUGAUUCUCAACCUCAAAGUGCAGGUGAAAUAGUUAAAGAGGUUCAUGUUGGGGCUGAAGUGCCUGAAAAGAAAGCAGAAAAGGAUCGGGAAGAGAAUCAGAAAAGUAGUCAAGUAAUAAGAGAAUGUGAUAUUCGACCUGCAUCUGAGAUUGCUUCUUCAACUUCAAGCUCAACAAAUCCUCCUCCUACCCAUCCUGCGUCAGAGAUUGCUUCUUCAACUUCAAGCUCAACAAAUCCUCCUCCUAACCAUCCUGCGGCAGAGAUUGCUUCUUCAACUUCAAGCUCAACAAAUCCUCCUCCUAAACAUCCUGCGUCAGAGAUUGCUUCUUCAACUUCAAGCUCAACAAAUCCUCCUCCUAACCAUCCUGCGGCAGAGAUUGCUUCUUCAACUUCAAGCUCAACAAAUCCUCCUCCUAAACAUCCUGCGUCAGAGAUUGCUUCUUCAACUUCAAGCUCAACAAAUCCUCCUCCUAACCGCCUUGCACCUCCAGCUGGCCUUGGGCGUGCUGCCCCGCUUUUGGAACCUGCACCUCGAGUCGUGCAACAGCCUCGUGUAAAUGGAGCUGUAUCCCAUACACAAACCCAGCAAAUUGAAGACCCUAGCAAUGGGGAGACUGAGGAGUAUGAUGAAACUCGUGAAAAACUUCAGAUGAUCAGGGUAAAGUUCCUGCGUCUUGCGCAUAGGCUUGGACAGACUCCACAUAAUGUUGUUGUGGCUCAGGUCUUGUACAGACUGGGAUUAGCUGAGCAGCUGCGAGGGAGAAAUGGUGGUCGUGUUGGUGCCUUCAGCUUUGACCGUGCAAGUGCCAUGGCAGAGCAGCUUGAGGCAGCUGGGCAGGAACCGCUUGAUUUCUCUUGUACAAUUAUGGUACUUGGAAAGAGUGGAGUUGGUAAAAGUGCAACCAUUAAUUCGAUAUUUGAUGAAGUUAUGUUCAAUACUGAUGCUUUUCAGAUGGGUACAAAGAAAGUUCAGGAUGUUGUGGGCACUGUGCAGGGGAUUAGGGUACGGGUUAUUGAUACUCCAGGCCUUCUACCUUCCGGGUCAGAUCAACGACAGAAUGAGAAGAUCCUUCACUCUGUUAAACGUUUUAUCAAGAAAACACCCCCAGAUAUUGUGCUGUAUCUUGAUAGGUUGGACAUGCAAAGCAGGGAUUUCGGUGAUAUGCCUCUAUUACGCACCAUCACUGAAAUAUUUGGACCAUCUAUAUGGUUUAAUGCAAUUGUGGUUCUGACACAUGCAGCUUCUGCUCCACCUGAUGGCCCGAAUGGUACUGCCUCUAGUUAUGACAUGUUUGUCACUCAACGUUCUCAUGUUGUCCAGCAAGCCAUUCGGCAGGCAGCUGGGGACAUGCGGCUCAUGAAUCCUGUUUCAUUGGUGGAGAACCACUCUGCAUGCCGAACAAAUAGGGCUGGGCAGAGAGUCCUGCCAAAUGGUCAAGUUUGGAAGCCUCAUUUAUUAUUGCUUUCUUUUGCAUCAAAAAUUCUGGCUGAAGCAAAUGCCCUUUUAAAGUUGCAAGAUACUCCACCUGGGAAGCCCUCUACAACUCGAUCAAGGGCUCCUCCUUUACCAUUCCUUCUUUCAUCCCUCCUCCAAUCAAGACCACAUGUUAAACUGCCCGAGGAGCAGUUUGGUGAUGAGGACAGUCUAGAUGAUGAGUUGGAUGAAUCAUCAGAAUCUGAAGAUGAAUCAGAAUUGGAUGAAUUGCCACCAUUUAAACGUUUGACGAAGGCCCAGGUGGCAAAGCUUUCUAGAUCUCAGAAGAAGGCAUAUUUUGAUGAGUUAGAAUAUAGGGAAAAACUAUUUAUGAAGAAGCAGUUGAAAGAAGAAAAAAGGCGACGGAAGAUGAUGAAGAAAAUGGCAGCUGCAGCUCAAGAUCUGCCAAGUGACUACAAUGAUAACGUAGAGGAGGAAAGUGGUGGUGCAGCAUCUGUGCCAGUUCCUAUGCCAGAUUUAGCAUUACCUGCUUCUUUUGACUCUGAUAAUCCCACUCACCGGUACCGUUAUCUUGAUUCGUCCAACCAAUGGCUUGUGAGGCCUGUUUUAGAAACUCAUGGUUGGGAUCAUGAUGUUGGUUAUGAAGGUAUAAAUGUAGAAAGACUGUUUGUUGUUAAAAACAAAAUUCCAGUAUCAUUUUCUGGCCAGGUUACAAAGGAUAAGAAGGAUGCCAAUGUGCAAAUGGAAAUGACCAGUUCUCUAAAGCAUGGCGAAGGGAAAGUAACAUCUUUAGGUUUUGACAUGCAGACUGUUGGAAAGGACUUAGCUUAUACGCUGCGUAGUGAGACAAGAUUUAGUAAUUUUAGGAGGAAUAAGGCAACAGCUGGCCUCUCGCUUACACAAAUGGGUGAUUCCUUAUCAGGUGGCAUGAAAGUUGAAGACAAAUUGAUUGUGAACAAACGAUUCAGGGUGGUUAUGACUGGUGGUGCUAUGACCAGUCGUGGUGAUGUUGCUUAUGGAGGUAGUUUGGAGGCCCAGUUGAGAGAUAAGGACUAUCCUCUUGGUCGUUCACUGUCAACUCUUGGGCUUUCUGUCAUGGAUUGGCAUGGUGACCUAGCCAUUGGAUGCAAUAUACAGUCCCAGGUACCUAUUGGACGAUCAACAAAUAUGAUUGCUCGAGCCAAUUUGAAUAACAGAGGGGCAGGACAAGUCAGUAUUCGCUUUAAUAGUUCAGAACAGCUUCAAUUAGCAUUAAUUGGCCUCAUUCCUCUAUUGAAAAAGAUGUUUGGUUAUCAUCAACAAAAUCAGUUUGGACAAUGAUGAAAAUUAGGUUUACAUGUUCUGCUGUAGCCUUGCGGUCAUAGGAUAAACAAUAUUUGAAAUGGCCAUUUCCCAAUGGUCAUCACCAAGAGGGAGUGAAUGUAAGAUGUGGUUUCUUCUUUCUUUCUUUCUUUCUUUUUCAUCUGGUUAUAGAGAUUGUAGUUUAUUUGUUAGAUAUUUGCAUAUGAUGAUUUUUGUUCCUAUUAAGCCAUUGGAUGAGCAUUGCCUUUUGUUCAGUCAUGCUUCUGACUAGAAUAAGUUUCUCCUUUGGUUGUACACGUUGAUCUGUAUUUCAGAACUAGUUGUCACUUGCCAUCUUUA